AUGAUGGUUCAUGAUCAAUUUAAAAAUCAAGAUACCAAAUAUUUUAAUCAACAUAAAAAUGAUGGUUUAAGACUUCCAGAAGCUCGUUUACCAAAUGGUCAAGCGCCAGAUUUUGGCGGAUCUUCUAAACCAAAAAGACAACAUCAACCACAUCAAAACAAGAGUCAUAAUAAUGAAAAGAAAAGACCUUCAAGUUCUAGCGGUAAUCAUCAAAACAACAACAAUAACAAUAACAAAGGUCCAAACUCAAGACCAAAUAGUCAUAAUGGUCAACCAAAGAAAUCCGCUGGUAACAAAAACAAUAAUAAUGGGGCUAAUAACAAUGUUAAUAAUAAACAACAUAGAUCUCCAAAGAAUAAUAAUAAUCAAAAAAGUCCCUUAUCAUCACCAAAAAUUACAAAUUCUCAAACAUAUACCUCAACUCCUGGUAAUAAUAACAAUUAUCCAAGCGCUCCAUCUUCAUCAGCAUCAAAUCUGCCAAUUAAGAAGAGAUCAUCUGAUAGUUAUGCUGGUCAUACUUUCCAUAGUUCACCAGGUACAAAUUCCCUACCAAAGCCAUCAUUUAUAUGA